AAACAAAGUAACUGGAGUAUUCUGGGACUUCCUAACGAAGGAUAAGGCGUUAUUUGAAAACCUGUGUGAAGUGUAUAAGGAGCAUCGAAGUGAGCCAGCGGUUGGAGUUGGUUCAUUCCUGACGCCAACUUUAUAAUAUUCUUUUUAUGAAUGGGAAUCGAUGGAAACUAAUGCGACAGAAUAUGACUCCACUAUUUACAUCUUCCAAGUUAAAAUCGAUGUACUAUAUCAUAGAUAAGAGUGCUGUAGAUUUUGUAACUGAAUUAAAGAAAAAUCCUCAGCUUUUAAAAACCGAUACAUUUGACACAAUAUCUACAUUUUGCAGUGCUGCUAUAGCGGCAGCCGUGUUUGGCGUUGGUUCCAAAUCAAUUUUCGAUUCUCCUUUACUUGAUAUGGCGAGAGACGCUAUCCAACCCAGUUUGAUGAAGAAUAUUAAGUUUGCCCUUGGAACUUUAAGCACACCUUUAUUUAAAGCUUUAAACGUUAGCAUUUUUAAAGAACAUGAACAGUUCUUUAUCGGUACUAUUAAGAAAAUAUUGAGAGAACGAGAAUUGGAAAAUACUAAAAAACAUGAUUUUGCUGAUUUGUGCAUUCAAAUUCAAAACGCUGGUAAUAUGUUUGAUAAAAGUACGGGCUUAGAGUUAAGUCCAACUGAUGAGCUGUUAGCCGCCCAAGCAUUCUUUUUCUUCGUUGCUGGAGUAGAACCAACAGCAAGCGCAAUAUUUUCAACCCUAGUGGAGUUGGGACGCCAUCCAGAGUAUUUAGCGAGAGCUCAUAAAGAAAUCGAUGAAUAUUUUCAACUGAAUAACAAUCAAAUAUCUUACGAUGUUGUUAAUGAAAUGAAGUUUCUAGAUAUGGCAUUGAGUGAGGCAGUUCGUCUACAUCCUCCCAUAGGGUUCUUAACAAGACAAUGCAUAAAAGACACAGUCCUACCGGUCGGCAAUAUAAAGGUAGAUAAAGGAACAAAGAUUUUCUCACCUAUUUUUGAAGUUCACCAUGAUAAAAAAUAUUUUUCCGAUCCUGAAGUAUAUAACCCUGAAAGAUUUUCCCCAGAAAAUAAACAUACCAUAGCUGAUUCAACAUACAUGCCGUUCGGGAAAGGUAAUAGAAUUUGUGUUGGUAUGAGAUAUGCCACUCUUCAAACUAAGGCUGGCUUGAUACAUUUAUUACGUCACUAUUCAGUGAAAAGUACUAUUAAAGAAGGAGGAAUCAGGUAUAAAAAAGAACAGGUACAGGUGCGACUUUCUAAUGUGGAUGUAGAAUUGAUACCAAGACAUCACAUCAAGUAGUAUUCGGUAUGUAGUCGGUAAAUGUACGUACGCCAAAUACAGAACUUUAACUGUAUUGUCUUUUGUUAACAUAGCUUUUACACAUUAAGAAAACACUUUUGAAACGGAUUGAAGCUAUGUAUUAUUAUUAUAAACUUAUAAUUAUUUACAUUUUUUUU